AGCAAGAUAGAGUGGGCAUGGGUUUGGAAGCCCUCUGAUACAAAGGAUAUUCCCUUUGUGGCUUUGAUCAGCGUUGUGCGCACUGGUUUGUGACGUGGGUGUCCUCUUGGAUUCAUAGCUCCUGCUGGAAAUAGGUGAAAUGUUUGCACUGAAGAGUCUCUGCUAUCCAUGGAGGCUUUUCGCACGGUGAGGACUCUGGAACUCAGCAUCUUCAGGUGGUGGAAAAUCUCCAUGGACAGAGCUAAACAGUAUAGCAGAGCAUAACACACUCACCUGGAACUAACAGCCCACUAAACUCAAUGAGAUUUAUUGCAAGUUUACAAGCCUUGAGAAAGGAAAAAUCCCGAGAUGCUGCUCGUUCUCGAAGAGGAAAAGAAAAUUUUGAAUUCUACGAGUUGGCCAAAUUGUUGCCACUCCCUGCUGCCAUCACCAGCCAGCUUGACAAGGCAUCUAUCAUCCGAUUAACAAUUAGCUAUUUGAAGAUGAGGGACUUUGCUAAUCAAGGGGAUCCUCCAUGGAACCUGCGUAUGGAAGGACCACCACCCAACACAUCUGUGAAAGGGAUACAAAUGUGGAAAUCUGAGGUCUGCAUGAGAAAGACACCAUGUGAAGUUAUAGGUGCCCAGCGCAGGAGAAGUCCCAGUGCCCUUGCCACUGAAGUAUUUGAGUCACAUUUGGGAAGUCACAUUUUACAGUCACUGGAUGGAUUUGUAUUUGCACUAAACCAAGAAGGAAAAUUUUUGUACAUUUCGGAAACAGUCUCCAUUUAUCUUGGCCUCUCCCAAGUGGAACUGACAGGCAGCAGCGUAUUUGACUAUGUCCAUCCUGGAGACCAUGUGGAGAUGGCUGAACAGCUGGGCAUGAAACUUCCGCCAGGGCGAGGCCUUCUCUCGCAGGGAACAGCAGAGGACGGAGCCAGCUCAGCAUCUUCAUCUUCUCAGUCUGAGACCCCUGAGCCAGUGGAAUCUACAAGCCCAAGCCUUCUUACAACAGACAACAAUCUAGAGCGUUCUUUUUUUAUUCGGAUGAAAUCUACAUUGACCAAGCGAGGUGUACACAUAAAAUCUUCAGGAUAUAAGGUGAUCCAUAUAACGGGAAGGUUACGACUAAGAGUGUCACUGUCUCAUGGGCGGACCGUGCCAAGCCAAAUCAUGGGGCUUGUUGUCGUUGCUCAUGCACUGCCCCCUCCUACAAUCAAUGAAGUCAGAAUUGACUGCCACAUGUUUGUUACUCGAGUAAACAUGGACCUCAAUAUCAUUUACUGUGAAAACAGGAUUAGUGAUUACAUGGAUCUGACUCCUGUAGAUAUCAUAGGGAAAAGAUGUUACCACUUCAUUCAUGCUGAAGAUGUGGAAGGGAUCAGGCACAGUCAUUUAGACUUGCUGAACAAGGGUCAGUGUGUUACAAAAUACUACCGCUGGAUGCAGAAAAGCGGGGGCUAUAUUUGGAUACAGUCUAGUGCCACUAUCGCUAUUAACGCCAAGAAUGCAAAUGAGAAGAACAUCAUCUGGGUCAAUUACCUUCUGAGCAAUCCAGAGUAUAAGGACACUCCAAUGGAUAUUGCACAGCUUCCACAUUUGCCAGAGAAAACCUCUGAAUCCUCUGAGACCUCUGAUUCAGAAUCAGAUUCAAAGGACAACUCAGGUAAUACAGAGGACAAUGAGAAUUCAAAGUCAGAUGAAAAAGGAAACCAUUCGGAAAACAGCGAAGAUCCCGAAUCAGAUAGGAAGAAGUCUGGCAAUCAGUCAGAUAAUGAAAUGAACUGUAAUGAUGAUGGGAACAGCUCCAGCAACCAGGACAGCAGAGACAGUGAUGACAGCUUUGAGAAUUCUGACUUUGAGAAUCAAAAGGCCCCUGAAGAUAGUUUUGGCACCCUUGGUUCUAUGCAGAUUAAGGUGGAGCGCUACGUGGAGAGUGAGUCAGACUUGCAGUUACAGAACUGUGAGUCAUUGACCUCGGACAGCGCCAAGGACUCAGACAGUGCAGGAGAAGUCAGUGCCCAGUCUUCCAGCAAACAUCAGAAAAGAAAGAAGAGAAGGAAAAAGCAGAAAGGAGGCAGCAUGACCCGGAGAAGGCUCUCAAGCACCUCAAGUCCAAAUGGGCUUGACUCAGCAUUGGUGGAUCAGCCCCAGCUGCUCUCACCGCCAAACAGUGCCUCAGUGCUCAAAAUCAAAACAGAGAUCUCAGAACCUAUCAAUUUUGAUAACGAUAGCAGUAUUUGGAAUUACCCCCCCAACAGGGAAAUCUCAAGGAAUGAAUCACCUUACAGUAUGACCAAGCCCCCCAACUCAGAGCACUUCCCUUCCCCCCAAACCAGCAGUAGUUUACAUGUCUCCAUUCCAGACUCUGUUCUAACCCCACCAGGGACUGAAAAUACUGCCAAUCGCAAAUCUCAGUUCAGCACCUCAUCCAACUCCGCCUUGGCUCCUGUAUCCUCUGACCCUUUGUCACCACCUCUGUCAGCAUCUCCGCGGGACAAGCAUCCGGGAGGCCCCAGCACUUCCAAUUCUUUAUUGUAUACUGGGGAUCUGGAAGCCCUACAGAGACUGCAAGCAGGCAAUGUGGUCCUUCCUUUGGUUCACAGGGUAACUGGAACCCUUGCUGCCACCAGCACGGCUGCUCAGAGGGUCUAUACCACUGGCACUAUCCGGUAUGCCCCAGCUGAAGUUACUUUAGCCAUGCAGGGCAAUCUCCUCCCCAACGCUCAUGCUGUUAACUUUGUGGACGUUAACAGCCCCGGUUUUGGCUUAGAUCCUAAAACACCCAUGGAAAUGCUCUACCACCACGUCCACCGACUCAAUAUGUCAGGACCGUUUGGAAGUGCUGUGAGUGCAGCCAGCCUGACCCAAAUGCCUGCAGGGAAUGUGUUCACAACUGCCGAAGGACUGUUCUCGACUCUUCCGUUUCCUGUGUACAGCAACGGCAUUCAUGCCGCACAGACACUGGAACGGAAGGAGGAUUGAAAUAUGACCACAUACUGUGUUCAGUGUUAAACUCUGAGGCAUAGACUAUAUUUUAAUUUAGACCUUUAAUCCUAGCACUUUGAAUUUGAGCAGGUCAGCUUAUUCUCUCUGUAUGAUGCUCCCCAUUUCAUUCCCUUUCUCUUUAACUUGACUUAUUCUUUAAUGGGAAAGAUACUUUUAAUUUUGGCCUUCAGAGAACUGAAGUACCAGUUGCCUGCCAUUUUGUCUUCUUCCAAGAUGCAUAUUUUUUUUCCUUUGCAUCUUUAUUAAGAUGCCUUUAUAAUAUAUGUAUGCCUCUGCCAUAGAAUACUCAGUGUUGUGGUAAAGAGAUUGUAAGAGUGACAACCAUGGGGUUUACUUCAAAUCGAUCUUGAUAUGAUCAAGAUUAAAAGAAACAAGCAUAAAACAAUGUGCCCUGUUUGACUAAGUCAAAUGAAAAAGGGGUAUUUGUUCCUAAUUCCUUUAAAAAAAUAGGGGAUAGUAUUUUAGAAUUUUAUGCAGAGUUUAAUUCACUUUUUAUGGUUAAGAUUUUCUUACUUGCACAUACAAUAAUUUGGGUUCUUAAAAAAUUAAUUUCUGGCCUGUGAUUAGAAUAAUAAUAAGAUGGACUAAAUGUUAACUACAGAAACAUUAACUUAAUUUCUAAAACCAUGGUGCUAUCAUUUAUUAAUCUGUAAUGUCUUCACACAAUAUGCAGCUUGUGGGCUGGGUUUUUUGAAAGGAAUGUCUUCUGUGCUAGUCCAUAGUCAGGUGCUGCAGUCUCCUUGGUUAGUUAAGACAAAAGCCCUCAUUAACAUUUGCUGCAGGACUUAAUUUGUUUACCUCCAAACUAACAAGCCUCAUAUUAAAUUUAAAUGGAUCUGGAAGACUUUUCUUUUGGGGAGUGGGGCAAAUGUGCUAAAAAGAACAAGAAAAUGCAGUGAAAUUGACUCAAAGACCAGAUUUUUUUAAGGUGUAUAUUGGUUCUCUUUCUAUUUUUUUAUUCUCAGUAGAACUGAGGCUAAUUUUACAACUUCCAAGUAAAUGCGUGCGUGUAUGUGUGUGUGUA